CUUGGCAUUAUCCAGAGUCCAGACUCACAGAGAGAGGAGAAGACUGAACAGCAGACAGAAGGCCUGAAGCAUCAGCAGCUAAACCGUCUAGCAGAGAUGACUACAUCCAACACCAAACUGCAGGAGAUCUACAACCAGCAGGGCUUCCUCUCAGCGCUGCCUGUAUUGAAUGAGACUGAGCUGAGGGAGGCAAAGCAUGCCUUUUCUGAGCUGGAGAGGAAAUUUGGUGAAGAGUACACCCAGUACAGCCUCCACAAUGUUCACCUUGAGUAUCCAUGGGUGAGGAACUUGACCAAACACCCUCAAAUCUUAAAAGUGAUCAAAGCCAUUUUGGGCCCUGACGUCAUCCUGCUGGACUCCCGCUUUAUCUGUAAAUACCCAAUACGCAAACCUGACAAUCAGGAGGAUGAAGAGGGAGAAACCAAACCCGUUGUCGAAGGGAAUGGACUUCCGUAUGUGGCAUGGCAUCAGGAUAUGAGGUAUUGGGGUAUUGCUGGUGGCCCUGUUCUGUCUGUGUGGCUCGCUUUAGAUGACUCACAGGAAGAAAACGGUGCCCUUCGGGUCAUCCCAGGUAGCCACUGCGCUGGCAUGUUGCCCCAUCGCCAAGCCAUCCGCAGUGGAAACAUGUUGUCAGUGAAUCAGGAGAUCCCAGAGGAGCUGGUGCAGGAUGAUAAAGCUGUGCUUUGCCCUCUGUUAGCCGGGCAGAUGUCUAUUCAUGAUGGGCUCCUCGUCCACGCCAGUGACCCCAACACAUCCCAGAAAAGGCGCUGUGGGUUAGUGAUCCGCUAUGUUCCCACCUGUGCAUAUCCCAUACAGGAUCCUGAUCGUCCCAGGAAAUUUCAUGCGACAGAGUUGGCUUGUGGAACUGAUGAGUUCAAUAAUUUCUCCAGCAAAACCGCAUGAAUACUUCCUUGAUUCCUCAGCUACUUGUAGCUACUCUUUACAGAAAUAUUCCAUAUUUAGACCAAAUACCUACUUUAUGCUUAUGAAUAAUAUAAUUUAUUGAAAAUAUGUGCACAUUUCUAUGCUAAAUUUUUUACUUUGCUUCAAUUGUGAAUUGAUGCUUGAUUAAUCAAAUUCUUUACUAUUAUCAUUAUUAUUAUUUGAU